AUGGACGCCCUCCGCGCGAUUAUCGCCAAGCAAAAGCAACAGAUUAACGAGUUGCCCAAGGCAGGGCCUGGAAAGUAUAUACUGCAGAAGGAUCUGCAGCAAAAACUGCGGGAGCAAAAAGACCGAGAGCAAGAAGAAACUGCCAACAAAAAGCGAAAGACAGAGCUGCAGCAACUGGCCGAGCUGCAGGAGCGCCUGAAGGCGCGGGCUUUCCAGCCGCAUUCUUCUGAAGCAGAAGCUACGGUUGCUGAUGCAGGUGACACUGCGGAGGGAAGGGAAGAAGAGCUAGUGCCGCCUGUAGACCUGCCGGAGAUAUUUAGACGCCUCAGGAGGCUGAAACAACCCAUCACGCUUUUUGGAGAAACACCUUGGAAGCGGUACGAUCGCCUCUGCAAGUUGGAACUGCAGGCGAUUGACGAUGAAAUGACAGAAGGACAGAAAAAUGUGUUUCAUGCCAUGCAGCGCGAGGGAGAAGAAGAAGAAGAAUUCGAUGAAGACGCCAACAAAGGCAAAAAGGAGACAAAUUCUGAAUCAACAGACGCCAAACAAAGCCAAAAUGAGGAGACAACAGAAAAGAGCAAGGAGGCAGUCGUCAUUGCCUGGGCGCGCAAAAUGCUGUCUCUUUGGGAAGAUGAACUAAAACACCGCUCUGAGGAUGAGAAGGCCACGGCUGAGGGGCGGCAGCAGACGGCUUUGCAUCGCCAGACGAAGAAGGACUUGAAACCCCUUUUCAAGAAGUUGAAGCAACGAGACCUUGAGGCGGACAUUUUGGAGAAAUUGUUUAGUAUCGUCCAGCUCUGCGAUGAGAGAAGAUAUCGAGACGCCCACGGAGCGUUCAUGUUGCUGGCUAUAGGAAAUGCUGCGUGGCCAAUGGGAGUGACGAUGGUGGGGAUUCAUGAACGUGCUGGCCGUUCAAAGUUGAACACAUCGCAGGUGGCGCAUAUUCUAAAUGAUGAAACAACCCGAAAGUAUAUUCAAAUGUUCAAACGCCUCAUGUCCUUUGCUCAAAGAAAAUUCCCCGCAAACCCCUCACAAACCAUCCUCCUCUCUGUGCACCACGUCUAG